UGUCGACAGGUGGGAGUACACUUGGAGCAGUCUUGCACUUCCCCCAUAAACGUGACUACGAAUCCUCUGGACCCGGUGCAUUUCGGCGGUAGCGGUAGCACCAGGAAAACACCGCAGGCGACGAUAGUCGUUCAACAGCCUUCAGUUAGUCUAGACCACACGAAUGUGUCGACAAUUCUUCUAAAAAACGGUAGUGAAUUCGUGUCAAACGUUCAAGAUAGUGCCAAAGGAAAGUUAAAGAGGGAAGAGAAUAUGAAGCAGCUUUUGGACGUUGCUCAUAAUUUGACAUUGGAGGAAAUGCACGAUUUCGAAAUGAAAUACGGAAGUCCCCAUCACAACAGGUCUCAAUCUGUAAAAACUCCUGGUCGAUCCUCAGGAAGGCCAAACUACCUAUGUCUUCCACAACAAAGAUCGCGAGUAGCAUCAAUGCCAAAUACAGGUGUUGAAGAGGAAUAUUAUCGCCUUAGGCACUUCUCAAUUACGGGGAAAGGAGUGGUUAAUCGGGGAGACAGCCUAAAGAGUAGAAGAUCUCGGUCAAAUAACAGUGUAGCAUCCAGUAAUUCAAGUACGGAACAACUUCCAACGGCUGUAUCAGCAGCGGGCUCUGCCAGGACUUCUGCUUCUUGUAGUUUAGCAUCUUCUCGAGAAUCUAGUACCAGUGCUCCCGGACCAACACCUUACAAAGUACUUAUGUUAGGAGGACCUGCCGUAGGAAAAUCAUCAUUAGUAUUACAGUUUAUGACCUCGGAAUAUCUACAUGCUUAUGAUACUAGUAUUGAUGAUGAAAGCGGUGAGAAGUCUGUAUCUGUUCUGCUAGCCGGCGAGGAAUCUGAACUUUGUUUUAUAGAUUUUGCCACAGCGGACUUGUCGCCUGAUAGCUGUAUAAACAAAUAUACUGACACCCAUGCCUUCUGCGUUGUGUACAAUAGCGCCGAUAGAUCGAGUCUCGAGACAGCAGAAAAAAUUCUACAGAAUUUAUGGACUUUAGAUACAAUUAGCACCAAAGCGGUAAUUUUAGUUGCAAAUAAGGCUGAUUUAGUACGAUCAAGGGUAGUAACGACAGAAGAGGGCAAAUCAAUGGCCACGUCGUACGACUGCAAGUACAUAGAGACAUCUGUCGGCAUCAACCAUAACGUCGACGAAUUGCUGGUAGGAAUCCUCUCGCAGAUCCGGCUGAAGCUCGAAAAUCCCGAAAGAAGUCGCGACAUCUUCCGCAAACGCAGCUCGUCCAAGAAAAAUUUAAACAGAAAUAAGAGUCCGGCGUCAGGGGCGGCGACUCCGACGGGGAGUUGCCAAAAUUCCCCCAAGAAAUAUAGAGGGUCGAGAACCUCGGCGAGUUUGAAAGUGAGAAACCUUUUAGGGAAAGUUUGGGCCAGAGAUAGCAAGUCCAAGUCCUGUGAGAAUUUACACGUAUUGUAAAGAAAUGUGAUAUUUAUUUAGUUUGAGGUAGGUUCAGUAUGUAAAUAGAGGUAGUUAAGAGUAAGAACAGUUCUCAGCUAUCGUUGAACUCAAUAAAUACCUAUUAGGAGAGUGCAUAUAGAUUUUCACUUCGGAAAAAAACAAACAAGAUAGAACUUUUUGUAGUUUUAUUAAGAAAUGUUUAAUAAACAACAUAUCAAAAAGUUCUACUCGAGAAGUGGGUGCUUCAUGUUUUAUUAAACAAAUGAACUACGAAAUUAGAUUUUUUUUAAAAUAACUCCGAAAAUAUAAAUUUUAGAAAAAACUGACCUGACCAUUGAAACAUUCAGAAAAUUUUACAAAAAAAAACUUAUAUAAAGAAUUUUCUAAAAUUAAAUCUGUAUAUUCUAUAAUUUUUUAUUUAUACCGCUAAAGUCACCCUUCUCGAAAACAUUGGCGCACUGUAAACUAACGUACGGCGAAGUGCACGCUUUAGUUAUUUUAAUGUAAUUCUUUAACUAAUUGAUCAAAUAAAAUUUUACAAAUUGAACAUGAAAGAAGAAUAAUUAAGCUAUCUUACGGUUAUAAUAGAAAGAAAUAGAAUAUAUGGGCAUAAGUACGGUGUGGGCGGAAAGUGAGCCUUACAUGAAUUUUGUUUAAAAAUGAUUUAAAAAUGUGUAACUAAUACAAUUUUUCUUAAAAAAAUCUCAAUUUUGCAUAACUUACCUUUCAAGCAUCUUACUAAAUGAUGUUUCGUUCAAAAAAAAUCUGAAAAAUUUAAUUCAAAUGAUAUGACGUCUUAAAAAUUGUAAUUUUUGAAAUCUUCGUAGUUUUAUAGAAUUACCACCACUUUAAGACGGUAUUACUCAAGUUUGAACAGAUCUAUUACAGUUUUAUAAAGCUUAGAAUGUAAUUUUUAAAAUUCACUAAAUUAUUUUACUUUAGAAAUGAAAUAAACUAUUUCCUUUUAAGAAAAUUAAGAAAGAUAACAAAAAUGUAAUACAAAAACCGAAAAUUGCCAGCUAAAAAAAUGUUUAUACAAAGUGAUCAAAACUUUUUUCUGUAAAACUUACCUAAAAUACAUUUAAUAAUAAGCUUCAACAAUAAUAAAUGUUCAGCAAAAAAAUUUUUUAGCUCUUAUACAGUAUGUCUGCGUAACUUGGAACCUAUUGAUAACUUUUUUAUUAUCAGUUUUACGAAAAAAAGUUAUUCUUUAUAAAAUACUCUGCAUCCUAUAUAAUCUAAGAUGCAAUCAUCAAAUAUCAAAUUGAAUUAUUGUUAUACGAGGUAUGUCAAAAAAUAUGAAUUUCACUCAAAAGUAAAGUACCUUUACAUUUCACAAUAUCGAAAAUUGUUAUUAAGAAAAGUUGUUUGGAAUUAAAAAAUUUGUUUUAGUGUUCAAUUACAUCCUUCUAAUUAAAAUAUUGUGAAUAAUAAAGGCACUUAACUAUUAAUAAAAGUUCAUAUUUUUUACAUACCUCGUAUAAAAUUAAAAAAGUUUGAUAUCUGAUGAUUGUAUCUUAGAUUUUAGACCAGGGAAAGAAUUUUAUAGAGAAUAACUUUUUUUCGGAAAAGUGAUAAUAAAAUAUUUAUCAUCAUUGUAAUAAAAUGUUGAUGAGUAUCCGUAAUUUGAGAAAAAAUUUCAAUUGUUUUUUUCGAUUAGAAUGAUGUAAUUGUAUAUUUAGACAUAGUUUCUAAUUUUAAACAACUUUUCAUAAUAGCAUUUUUUGAUAUUCUGGAAUAUAAAGGUACUUUACACUUUAACGAAAUUCAUAGUUUUGACAUACCUCGUAUAAAAUUGAUAAAAUUUAAUAUCUGAUGGUUGAGUUUUAGAUUUUUGACUAUCCAGAGCAUUUUAUUAAGAAUAACUUUUUUUCGUAAAAUUGAUAAUAAAAAAGUUCUCCAUGUGGUUCCUAGCUACGCAGACAGACUGUAUAAGUGCUUCUGUAUAAUAAUUUUCAAAUUGCAAUGCCAUAUUCGGAUUCAGCAUAAUCAAAAACAAAAUAGAAGCAUAUUUGAUCAAAGUAAAAUAAUGAAUUUAUCAAUAUUUUUAAAAUUAUUUAUUCAAAACAAUUGUUAUUGUUUAAACAAUUAAUAAACAAUUAGCAGCCAAAUCUGCGAGUAGAACUUUUUACUUUAACAUAUCAUAAACUAACAAAAAACGUUUUAGAAAAAUAUAAGGUAGUUUGAAUUUUUCCGAAACAAUGCAUGUUUUCGUUCUAAUUGCACUCCCCUAUAUGUGAUUACAAAUACUAAGUAAAAGUAUUUCAUAUCAGAAAAGGAAAUGUUUUAUAAUUGCUAUAUUAUAUAAUGCUUUUACAUUAUUACAUAAUGCUUUUGUAUUAGAUUCAUAGAAAACUUAAGUCUAAAAGUGAAACAUGACAAGUCUUUAAAUACAGUAAAUAUAUCGGUAUACUGUUGAAAUAUUAAUGUUUUAAUGCUUCUCACAAAUAAUUUAACUUAUAUUAUUAAGUGUAAAAACAGAUGUGUAACUUGAGAAGACUUAAAAAGAAAUAAAAAAAUUCAAGCAAAAAUAUUUUUGGCCAAACGGUACCUACCUACUGUUUUGGGAAAUGUUUUCAAAUGCAAUUUAACUGGGAAUUUUUUCUUCGGUCGAUCGGAUAGCUCAGUGCGACUAGCGGCUGACCCGCACUUCACUUCGCCGUGAGGUACGAGAGUUCAAGCCCAGCCCAGGCCAUCGGAAAACAAAAAGGCUAACGCGUCAGUAUAAAAUUCUAAAUAUGAAUCUGGCGCUUAGACCUGAAUAUGCGGGCAUCUGAUCGACCUAUGAGGGAGCAGUACGGCAAGGGAUAAGGGCUUGCAGCUCGGUGAUACUCCCCCAUAGAUCCCUACCGAAGGGCGUUGACGCCUAAGAACGGUGUUAUACAUUUUUUCUUCGUCUGAAAUUACCACGUUCUUUAAGAAGGUUGGCUAUCAUUACGACUAUCUUCACCUUUGAUACUGCUGCUCUGGACAGCUUAACAGGGAAAGGAGAAGGAGGUUUUGAACACAAUUAUUAUUAAAGUUAGGGAAUUUCAAUAUCUGGGGAAUGUCAUGAGAGGAGAGAUAUAAGUUUUGCUGCAGAUCAUUUUAUAGCGAAAGAUAAUGGAAAGAAGAAGCAUAGGAAGUCGAGGUAUAUUCUGUCUAAACAAGUUGAGACAAUUAUACCAUUGUAUCAUUGUAUUACAGUGGUAUAAUUGUCUCAAAUUAGUCAGUUAGAAAAUAUGUCCUCUUAUAUUUCUACGAUUCUACUGCACAGUAUCUUUCGAUAGGGAUAGAAUAUGAUAAGCAGAAAUACAUACAUAUCUCUCUCCUCUAAUUCAGAAUCAUUCAAUCAGCCGCUAUUCGAAUGAAAAAUCAAACAAAAUGCUAUUUUACUGAAACCACAUCGAGACUGGCCCUGGCAAGGUAUGGUUAAGUUGUACUGAUUUUGUACUUCUAGUUUUUAGUAAAAACAAGUGGUAUUAUUAAAUAGUUUUUAAAAACAAAAUUGUAUAUCUGCUAGAUACUACUGUAAGUGAUCUAUACGUAAUUAAUAUUUUAUUAUUGUGAAAAGAAAACGUCAAAUAAUAAAUAUACACCAUCGUAAAAUAAUUUUGCGAGGUUGGUUAGCAUGAGGUUGGUUUGUCACUUACCAGAGUCGGAGUGAAGCUUUCGCCACCGUAGCUUAAAAUGACUUCACACAAUGUAAAUACACCUUCCGAUCUGACCAGUCCAGUAAAUGAACGUUCAAACUUCACAAACAGUUAUGCAUCAGCCGCUUCACAUUCUUUUCCGAGUAAGACGCAAGCAAGUGUAUUUAGUAGUAUCGAUAAUGCUAAACUGCAGUAUUAUCUUAUUUCUUUGGGCACAAUAAUCAACCCAAAAAUAUUAUUUUUUCAUCUAGAUUAUCUCAUAAUAGAAUCUGUAUGUAUUUGGCAAACAAAACCGUAGUAGAUAAUUUCAUGACAAAACAUGGCUCUAUAAAAGUACUCGGCGAAGUUGUAACAGCACGAAUACUUGUCUCUCCAACAGAAAGACUAAUAUUAUCUAAAGUCUGCCCGUCAACUCCUCAUCAAGUAUUAGUUGAAGAAUUACAGAAUAUCGGUUUAAAGCUUAUUUCGCCAAUAACAUUUCUAAAAAUUAGCUCGACUCUUCCCGAAUAUAGUCACAUAUUGAGCUUUCGGAGGCAAGUUUAUGUAAGCCCUCUAACAUCAUCAAUUCCAGAUUCUAUUCUAAUAAAUUUCGACCAAACACCUUACCGCAUAUUUUUGUCAUAAGAUACAUUCACCUGCUUUAUUUGCAAAAGUACAGGACAUAUAUCAUCCCAAUGCAAUAACAGUUCAAUAACGAAAUCAACUCAUAUUGUGUCAAAAAAUGAAGUACCAAAUCAAACAGCUCCAACAAGUAUAUUACACAAGGUACCAAACUCAGCAGUCAUCAAGUUUUUUUUAUGACAUAGACUUGCGUGUCAUUGAGCCAGUCACACCUUUUUUUGUUUUCUGUUCAUACAUAAGGAAGGCAAUGAGGUCCUUAGAGUUCCAUAGCAAACUCUUCUACAGCUCUCUACUCAGUUCAAAAGCUGGCCGCUAUGGACUGUCCAAGUUGCUCACCACAUUUUCCAUUAUGUAUCUUCUUUUUUCAUAUGUACAUAAUAUACCAAAUUAUCAGGAUUAAUAAGUUUAGAGGUUAAUUUUAGUUUCACAGAUAAAUUUCAUUAAACAAUCAUAUAUGUUCUUGCUGUUCAGAGACAAUAGAUAGGAUACAUUGAAAGGUGGAAAAACAUUACAUUUUAUUAAAUCUUGGAUUAAAUUAUAUGUGCAUGGAAUAUAUUUUGCGCACUCAAAGAAAGUAUGAUUUAAGUCACCAACCUUCUGACAUUCUGUACAAGGAUUUGAAUCAAAAACUUUAAUUCUUGCUAGAUGUAGAGGGAAACAUGCAUGUCCAAACUUCAUUCUAUUUAAUGUUGUUAUAUAUCUUCGAGGUACUACAUAAUUUUUAAACCAAUAUAUAUUUGGAACAGAAGGUUGAAUCAGUGAAUACUGAGAUUUGGAUUGUUUACAAAGAUCUCGCCAUGAUUGACUCCACUGAUUUUUAACUCGAUGCUUAAUAGUGUUAACUAAGUCAGAUAUGCAAAACUUACGAUUAUGUGAAGUACCAUAUUCAAUAGCUUUUUUAGCCAAACUAUCAACAUAUUCAUUAUGCGUUAGUCCUAUAUGAGCCUUAACCCAUAAAAAGUUCACUCAAGUUAUCCAUUAUAAAAUUCGAGCAUAUCACUUACACCUACAAAUCUCCACCACCAAGAAGUUACUUAUACUCCUACUCAUAGCAACACUUUCAAUCAACCUCAUUCAGCGGCAAUACCGUUUUCGCAAACUUCGGAAGCAAUAUCCUCCAAUUUAUCAGCAACUUGUCCAUUAGAUGCAACUGCAGAAAACUCUAAUAAAACUGAAACAUUACCACAAUUUUCUAAAACAACAAUUUCAACCAGUCUUACAAAAUAAAACUUCAAGCUCGACUUCUGUCACUACCAAUGAGUUUGCUCCAGUACUUUCAUAUGUAAUAAAGCCACAGCAUCUAAGUAAAAACUCUAAUAGCACUUGCGAAAACGCAAGUUCUUCCAUAAAACGCAGUCUUGGUGAGCUCGAUACGCCUUCUCCAGCCUCAGCAAUUUUAUCACAAAAUCUCUUUGCAAAACCCAAAUCCUCUAAACCAAAAAAAAAAACGCGCUCACCUUAAGUCCCAUCUACACGGGAAACUCUUGAAAAUUUUAUUGAUAAUCAUACCCCACCAUUCGUUUUUAAUUACCACCAAUUAUCUUUACUGAUUGAUAAUGUCCAAGGCUCUCCCGACAGUAUUGGCGUCGUUAAAGAAUUUACAACCGAUAUGGCUGGUUUACUCCAUCUUUUACAAAGCAGCUAUCAAUUUCAAUAUGCAAAUGAUAGAUCUACAAAAACCAAGUUUACAAAACUGCAAAAGAAACUACACAACCAUUUAGGGAAAGAGAUUUCUGACUUAGACAGUGACUCUUCUGUAAACAAUUGUUCAGUAUCAUCUAACUCCGAAUCUGUUAACAACAUUUAACUCGAUACUUCAAUGGAACAUUGAUGGAUUUUUCCAUCGUCUCCCUAUGCUACAGAUUCUUUUAUCUGAAUAUUCUCCAGAUAUUAUUUGUCUACAGGAGACAAACUUAAAGACCAAUCAGUUGUACAAUUCAAAACAUUUCACUUGUUUCCGCAAAGACCGCACAGAUGCAAGUCGUGCAAGCGGUGGUGUAGGCACAUACUUAGCUGAACUCUAUGCCAUAUACCGUGCUGUGAAACUUCUUAACGAGCUUAUACUCACAAAAGCCCUGAUCAUAACAGAUUACCUUAGCUCCCUAAACUCACUAAAACACAGUUUUUCGAAACAUCCUUUUGAAAAGUUGCUAAAAUACCAGCUUUCUUAAGCUCAUGACUCAUGAACAUGGAAGAAGCGUCCAAUUGUUAUGGGUUCCCUCACACGUUGGAAUAACAAGAAAUGAAGAAGCUGACAGGACUGCACCAGAGGCAAUUUAGUGAUUUUUCAGAGCCGAUAGGCAAGUGUAUUUCCAGUGACUUAAAAGCUUAUUUUAAAAAUAAAUGUUGUGUUUGUGGCGAAAUGAGUGAUCUUAAAAUAAUUCUAAGCUGAAUAAAAUCAAAAAUAAUGUGUCUCAGUGGAUUUCAUCGUCGCGCAAUAGACGAGAACAAAUUGCGGUUGCGCGUUUACGUCUAGGACAUACCAGGUUAACGCACUCUUACCUUUUCACAAAGAAUAAUCCACCUAUAUGUGAUCAGUGUAACGUCCGAGUAACAGUCGAACACUUUUUAAUAAGUUGUAGUAAAUAUGACCAAGAAAGACAGCGCUGCAAUAUCCCAAACGCUCUACCAGAGGUUCUAGGUCAAAACUGUUCCUAUGACAAUAUAGUUAAUUAUCUAAGAUCCAUAAUCAUUUUGUACAAUCUGUAGUUGUUUACUUUUGUUAUUUAUAUUUUGUUCCGUCGCUAAUAACCUUUUGGUGGAUGUGACUUAUUAAAAAACUGAAACCACAUCCUGUCAUAGGGAUAUAAUAUUUGCUUAUUUGCCUCACAUAUGGAUACAAAAAUUGUAACAUGAGAGCUAUGGAAGGUAAACCAUGUCUAAAUGUGUCAAUGUCAGCACAAGUAUAACUUGUACUAAUUCCAUUGAUAAGAAUGUAAAUCUGUAAUAAAACUUAUCUUCUUCUUUAGGUGCCGUGUCCGUAUUUAAACGUUGGCCGUCAUGAUGUUUAUAAUUUCCUGAAACCUUUAUCUGCUGAGAAACAUUCUUCUACUGUGGAACCACACCAUGGUCUAAUAUUACGCAGCCAUGAACAGGGCCGCCCAGAGCCAGGCCGGGCCCCGGGGAUGAGACCCGGCCGGCCCCCCCCCCAAACCCAGUUGAACGAAAAUUC